AUGUCGUCCAAUGCAGUAGUUCCAGUAAUGCCAAAUCAGCCAACUCCGACCUCAUCCUCAUCCUCACUGCCACUCUCAGCCUUCACCUCCACCUUCCUCAAUCUCUCUUUAACCUCGUCUACCUCGUCUCUAUCUCGAGCCGUUGCCCUCCCUCUGACCCCACCUGAGACGAUCGCAGAGCUGCGCGCACUCGUGCUGGCUGAGGCAAAGCCGCUGCUCGCAGAGAACAAGGUCAACUCGGUCGACGUCGAUCGCAUUGCCACAGAUGACGAGUACCUUGCGCGAUUCUACCGCGUUGCUGAUGCUAUGCCCGAGGCUCAAACCCUGCUGGUCAACUGCCUGAAAUGGCGGCGCCAGUUUGGCGUCUUGGAGCUGCGCGAAAGCUCGAUUGAGCCGGACUUGCUCAACUCGGGCGUCUUUUUCUUCCGCAAUCGCGACAAGAGCAACCGGCUGAUUGGUCACCUCAUGAUCCGUCGCCACAAGAAAGACCCGGCGCGGCUCGAGCUGGUCAAAAAGUACAUUCUGCUCUGGUUUGAGCGUCAGGAAAAGUCGGCGCGUCCCAACACGGAAAAGUUUACGCUGAUCUUCGACAUGACUGGUGCGGGUCUGGGCAACUUGGACAUGGAUCUCGUCAAAUUCCUCAUCGAUUGCUUCAAGUUCUACUACCCGAACAUGCUCGGGCAGAUUCUCGUGUUUGAAAUUUCCUUUAUUCUGAACUCUGCCUGGAGCAUUAUCAAAAACUGGCUGAGUCCGCGCGCGCUCGCCUUGAUCAAGUUUGUCAAUCGCAAGGAGAUUCAAACCUACGUUGAGCCUUCAUCCUUGCUGAUUUCACAGGGCGGUCUCGACUCGUACGAGUACUCGUACACGCCCGGCGAGUUUGCCAUUGUUGCCCGCAACGACUUUGGUCCGGCCGCGUCCUCGUCCUCAUCCUCGUCGUCGCCCGCCAUUGCUGCGCCUGCUCAAGCCAACGCCAAUGCUGGAGCCGAUGAGAGCAAGCCAGCCCAUAAGAAGCGCGUCUCUUUCUUGCCCGCAGAAAAGUCCGACGUUGGUAGUGGCUUUUUGGCAGUAUCGCCGAACGUCAACUACCUCGAAUUCCGCGGCCCGUUCAAUGCCGAAGUCACAUCCACCAUCACGCUCGCACACACACUACCAGGAAGCGUUCAAAAGUCACCUGUGGCGUUCAAGGUCAAGACCACGGCUCCAGAGCGAUACCGAGUCCGCCCCAAUCAAGGGCUGCUUUCCCCCGGAGAAAAGAUUGUGGUGAGCAUUUUCAUGAGCGUCGGCUCGCUCCCCGCCCAAGCCGCAACCCCCGAGGAAACAGCCAAUGGCUUUGUGUCGAGCUUGCGCGACAAGUUUUUGGUCUUGUCGCUGCCCUUCCCUAGUGAUGCCAAUGCGAACGACAUCAACGGCCAGUGGACACAGCUCGUCGAGGCGCCAAACGCGACCAAGCCCUUCCAGCACCGUUUGCCAUGUCGGUUUGUGACUGGCUCUGGACAAGUCCUCGGUGUCGAUCCAGCUGCCACACCAGACCCAGCUCCCACCGCUUCGUCCGCGAAAUCUUCCUCGGCUGCUGCUGGUGCUGCUACUGCCCCAGCGGCCGCCAAGCCGUCUCCAGCGCCAACCGCGUCCUCACCUGUCGCCGCAGUGGUGCCGACACCGGCUCGGACUGCACCCGCCGCGCCUCUGGCCUCCUCGCACUCCAAAGAUGAGGUCUCUGGCAAUUCAGAGCUGGCCGUGCUGAGGAAAUCAGUGCGAAAUCUACAGAUUGCGUUCGUGCUGCUCUUCUUGCUGGUGCUCUUCCUGAUGCUUGCCGUAUCGCUCCUGCUGGCCUCUCAUCCACUCGCGCCAUUGCCGCUGCGUUCCUUUGUGCAGUCCUUCUUCUCCAAAUGCUCUCAGUCUCAGCAGCUCAACUCACCGUUCGCUCGUCUGCUUUUGGCCUCGUCCGCCACUGUUGCCGGGGCUGCCCGCCGCGCCGCUCAUCUCAAUCCCACAGCAGCGCGGUCUGAUGCUGCUUCCCCUGCGAGCUCGGGACGCCGCCAGCUCGCCGUGGUCGUCGGCCUCGAGCUCCAUGCGCAGGUCGUCGCCUCGUCCAAGCUCUUCUCCACGGCGCCGACGUCGUUCGCGGCCCAGCCAAACACGUGCGUGACGUUUCUGGAUGCGGCCUACCCAGGCACGCUGCCUGUGCUCAACCAGCACUGCGUCGACGCGGCCGUGCGGACGGGCAUUGCGCUCAACGGCACCGUCCAGCCAGUCUCGGCGUUCGACCGCAAGCACUACUACUAUGGCGAUCUGCCAUUGGGAUACCAAAUCACGCAGCAGCGUGUGCCCGUCGUUACGGACGGCUGGCUGGAUAUCGAAGUUUUGCCCGAUCGCGCGUCGUACAAGAGCAUCUCGGCCGCUCAGCUCGCCAAGCUGGCCAUCACCCCCAAGCGCAUUCGAAUCCAGCGCCUGCAGCUGGAGCAGGACAGUGGCAAGUCACUUCACGAUCUGCCAAAUACUCCGGCCAACGCCACAUUGGUAGACUUGAAUCGCGCCGGCUCUGCGCUGAUGGAAAUUGUCACCGCCCCCGAUCUGUCCAGCGCUGCAGAGGCGGCAGAGCUCGUUCGCAAGCUGCAGCUCAUCUUGCAGAAACUGGGAACGUGCGAUGGUGUCAUGGCGGAGGGCUCUCUGCGCGUCGACGCCAACAUUUCGAUCGACGAAUACGAAACCUCUUCUGACGCUGCAACAGCAAUACCGCAGGAUUCGCAACCACAACAGAAGCGACUGCUACGGCGCUUUCCUCGCGUUGAAGUCAAAAACAUUAACAGCAUCCGGUUUUUGCAGCGCGCCAUCCAGUUUGAGGUCGCGAGGCAAACUGCCGCUAUCGAACUUGGCGAAGGCGACAAAAUUGUCCAAGAAACACGCCGUUUCGAUGCUGCGGCCGGUGUCACUGUGCCAAUGCGUACCAAGGAGGGAGAAACAGACUAUCGCUACAUGCCAGAGCCCGACUUGCCACUAUUGCGCUUGACUCCACAGUAUGUCGAGUCGAUGCGAAAAACGCUGCCCGAACUGCCAGAUGCAACGAUUGCGCGGUUUUGCACCCAGUAUGAGCUCGCACGCAGCGAUGCUGCCGUUUUAGUGUUUGAGCCGCAUGCUGCCGAGUAUUUCGAGGCCGCAGUCAAACAUCUCGAAGGCCUGGCGUCAGGGACCAACGCUCCGAAAACGAACGGCGAUAAUGCUCCAGCACGCGCCCGCACUGCCGGCCAACGCGUUUGUGGAUGGAUUACUUCGUCGUUGAUGGGCCACAUUGAGACCUCUCUGGCAGAGUCUCCUGUGAAGCCAAGCCACGUCGCGGAACUCGUCCAUUUGAUUGAUCAAGAACGAAUCACCAGUCGCAAUGCCAAGGCGCUUUUCGCAGACAUGUGCAAGUUGGGAGAGCUGCCUGCUCCAACGGGAGCGGUUCAAAGCCUGGCAGCCCAGCGUGGCUUCCUGCUUGACCCGCAACAAACCCAAAAUAUCGAUCCUGCUGAGAUUGACCAGCUUUGUCAGCGCAUCUUGGAUGCCCACCCCAAAGAGGUGGCCGGGUAUCGCGCAGGACGCAACAACAUGUUUGGGUUUUUGGUCUCGAAAGCCAUUGCCGAAACGCAAGGCAAGGUCAAGCCGCAGCUCGUUGCCGCGACUUUCAAGCGGCUUCUAGGUCAAUGA